CCUGACAUGUCAGGAGUACCGCCCCAGCCGCAGAGGACGGCCAGUGUGGGUCCUCAAAAUGUCCCUCCACCAACUCCCCAUCAGCCUCCGCAGCAACCUGCACAACCUCAAUCACAGCAGAAUCUGAAUCAAAUUGUACUGGAGUAUCUUGCGAAGAAGGGCUACAACCGGACGGAAGCCAUGUUGCGCAAAGAGAGCGCGCAUGCUGACUCCGAAGGUCGACCAAUCAUCCGCCGAGCUGAAGAUGCCGGAGGAGAAAUGUACGAAAAGGCCUACGAGCUUUUGCUGAGAUGGGUCGAAAAGUCUCUGGACAUCUACAAGGACGAGCUCGGUCGAUUACUAUGGCCCGUCUUUGUGCAUUCAUUCCUUAAGCUGGCCGCAGAAUACUUUCCUCGUCAAUGCGCCGUCUUCUUCAAGGCCUACAGAGAACCCUUCGAAAAGGAGCAUCAAGACGACAUUCGCGCUCUCCAAGCUAUCAGUCUGCCCGAGCAUGUUCAGAAUAAUCACAUCGCAAAGCUCUACCGCGAAAACCACUACAGACUCACAAUAACCGACCUGGCAUACUCGGCUUUGAUCCAAUUUCUGGAAGCACACGACACCGAGGGAGGCUCGGUAAUUCUUAAUAUACUCCAACAUCACGUCGAACUAAGGCAUGUAGAUCGAGUGGCCUCGGGUGCGGAGCGCAGUCUUGCAAGGAUACUCGCCAAACAGCGAGGCAUCCAAGACGUGCCUGCAGAGGACGAGGGUAUUCCUGGCCACAACCCUGGAUCAGCAAAUACAGAUCGCAAUGCGCCGCCAGUCUUGGCAAAACUCGCGCUUGCGCCAAUGCCUAUGGAAGCAGAUCUGAUGGAAGAUGUGAAAGCAGAGCUACAAGAGCAUGACUCGUUGCAUCCUCCAGCCGCUGGCCGCAACACGCUCGUCGAAGAGUUUGAGCAGCGUAUCAAACAAGAACCCAAUGACGACGCGCCUUCACGCGAUCAGAUCCCGUUCCCUCCUUCUCUUGCUCGCGACGUCGCAAUGGAAGUUCAAAGGAUCAAAGAGAACCGCGACAGAUUCAAAAUUGAGAGCAGAACAGACGGUGUCGGUCCGGGUGUCAGUGUGACCAUGUUCACUUACCACAACACCUUUGACAGCAUCAAUUGCAUCGAGUUUUCUGGCGACGAGAAGCUCGCAGCUGUGGGAACAGCAGAAUCUUACAUCCGUGUCUGGUCGUUGGACAACAAACCUCUCAUUUCUCCGCUCGAUCCCCCCGGUCAGCAGCCCUCUUCAUCACGCCGUUUGAUAGGACAUUCUGGCCCAGUGUAUGGCCUUUCAUUCUCACCAUCCAUCGCACUCCCAGCAACAGCCGCGCAAUCCAACGCCAACGCCGACGACUCCCAAUCUUCACCUUCUCAUCCUCGCUACCUUCUUUCAUGCUCCGCAGACAGCACUAUCCGCCUGUGGUCGCUUGACACCUUCACCAACUUGGUUGUUUAUCGCUCCCACACUUCUCCUGUCUGGGACGUGAAGUUCUCUCCCUUCGGCCACUACUUUGUGUCAAGCGGCGCCGACAGAACAGCGCGUAUGUGGAGCACCGCACAGAUUGCGCCGCUUCGACUGUUUGUGGGACACGACAGCGACGUUGAAGCUAUCUCAUGGCAUCCCAACUCAGCCUACGUCUUUACUGCAGCAGGCAGCCCAGAUCGCAGCAUCCGCAUGUGGGACGUGCAGCGUGGUAGCGCAGUACGUCUGUUCACCGGCCACACCGGUAACGUGACAAGUCUCGCCUGUGCGCCCAAUGGCAAGCUCGUUGCUAGUGCGGACGACCGCGGCGAAAUCUUGCUCUGGGACCUCGCAACCGGCCGUCUAGUAAAGCGUAUGAAGGGCCACGGCCGCGGCGGUAUCUGGACACUGGACUGGAGCAUCGAGAGUACAGUUCUCGUCUCCGGUGGCGCCGAUUGCACAGUCAGAGUCUGGGACGUGCAACCACCAACCGUGUCGAACAGCAACGACGCCAAGGCCCUCGCCGACGGAGGUAUCAACGGCAAGGAUGGCGGCCCAGGUGCUGGAGGUGCAGCAAACAACAAGAAUAAGAAGGCCAAGGACGUCGUCGUCUCGCCUGACCAGAUCAGCGCCUUCCCCACCAAGAAGAGUCCUGUGUACAAGGUCAGGUUCACGCAGAUGAACUUGGUCAUGGCCAGCGGCGCAUAUCUCCCUUAGUGAACGAGAACUGCAAAAUGAGACCGUACGGCAUGGCGUUCUUUUGGUAAAGGCAUGGAUGGAUGGGAAGGGACUUCUUAGCUGUAGUAUAUCAUAAGAUGGCCAAAACGGAAGAAGGACAUGAUCCAUAUGGCAAGAUGAAUAAACAUGCAGAAUUAAUCAGACA